CCAGCAGUUGCCUGGCAACCGCCACCAUAGCCGUCAGUCGCGUGUUAGCUUUUGGGGGACGGUCGAUCGAAUUAUUGGAUGCGUCUCAUCCUAAAUUAAAGAUCUAAAAAUACCAAUUGUAUUACAAAUUGAUUCAAAUAUCGAUCGUUGUUGCUUUCGAAACCAGAACAAUAUAAGAUAAAUAGGUUUCAGGUAUUCACCAGUUUUCAUUGCUCGAACUUGUAACGGAUGUCAACCGAACUAUAAACAUUAAUUCUAUCGUUAUCAAAGCGAUGAUGAUUACGUUCGUUGUUUGUUGUCGAGUCGCCGGCAUUGGGCAUUGGAAGAUACGCAAUCGGCGCAUGGCGAGUGAAGAGCGAUCGCGCAGCUGAGCAAUGAAGAAGGAAUUAAAUGGUAGUGAUAUUUUACAUGUUUUUGUCGUCAGUGCAACUCCUGUUACGGGAAAGAUGGCUGAAUGAGAGUGGCAGAGAACCGCCGUAAAGCGAAAAUCAACAGUUGCCAUGUAAAAGCAACGGCCUACAGGAAAAGCACAUACACAAAUAUUAUUAUUUGAAUGUACGCUGUGUGUUCGUGUCUAUUUAUUGAUUUUUUUGAUGGUAGUAAAUAAAACAGGCAGAGCCAAAUAUAACAAAAAUGAAUUACAAAAUGAGAAAACGUGUGGCUGAGUGCACAGAUGAAUAUGAGCCACCUAAGAAGAAGCGAUCAAAUCAAACAGAAGUGACUGGCAAACAGAAUAUAAGGCCAGGUGAAAUUCUAACUGACAUUUGUGGAAAGCAAUGGAAACUUGGACCCUCAAUUGGACUGGGUGGUUUUGGUGAAAUAUUUUUAGUUUCUGAUAGUAUCAAGAAAAAAGUGGAUGACAAUUGCCAAUAUGUAGCUAAAAUUGAGAACCACACAAAUGGCCCGCUCUUUGUAGAGAUAAAUUGCUACCUGAGAAUUGCUAAGCUAGAUUUAAUUAAAAACUGGAUGUUAAAAACUGGUACUAAUCAUCUGGGAAUGCCUUUCUAUGUGGCAUCAGGAUCACACCUGGUACAGAGCACCAAAUACAGGUUCCUAAUAUUACCUAGAUAUCAAAUGGACUUGGAGCAAAUACUUCAAGAGAAAACCAAGUUCAAUUUGAAAACAGUCUUGUUAAUUUCAAUUCAAAUAUUAGAUGUAUUACAAUAUAUACAUAGCAAAGGUUUUAUCCACGGAGACAUUAAAGCAUCCAAUAUAUUAUUGAACUGCUCUAAAGAAAAAGAAGUAAAAAGCAGUAGGAGAAUUUUAAGGCCAAGAAAAAAUUGUAGGGUGGUAAAGGACACAAAUACUCCAACGGAUACACCAUUACGAAGGGAUGACAAUGAAGUCUACUUACUUGAUUAUGGUUUGGCCUCAAAAUAUCUGUUAUCCAAUGGUGAGCAUAAGGAGUAUUGCGUGGACCAGAGAAAAGCGCAUGCGGGAACUAUUCUAUUCUGCUCUUUGGACGCCCACAAAGGCAUUCAAACUCAACGAUCCGAUUUGGAGUGCUUAGGAUACAACAUAAUCUAUUGGCUGACGUCUAACUUACCAUGGAACAAAAAUUUAGAAGACCCGGAGAAGGUCAAGCGGAAGAAGAGGCAGUGUCUAUCCAAACUUAAAUCGUUCCUGUCGUUUUGCUUCGGCAAUUACCCAAAAUUCCUGUGCGAGUACUUCCAGCAUCUAACCAAACUAAAAUAUAACGAGAAGCCAAAUUAUGCUUUGUACAAGUCGAUCUUUCUGAAGGCGAUACAAGAGUAUGGUUACAAGACCGACAGUCAAUUGGAUUUCGAGAAUAUCGAGGGUUGGGGAAAGAUGAAAACUAAGAUGAAAAAGAAUCUGGAGAAUAUGAGAUACCGAAGGGAUUUUUCUAUGAUACAGAGGACGCCGUUGAAAUCAAAUCUACCUGUUAAACCGCUGCUCAGGAAGAACAAAAAGAAUCUCUGUCGGAUGAAUUGGUCGAGAAUUUUAAUAGAUCCUGAACAGAUCCUCAAGCAGAGUAACAAAAAAAUAAGUGAAUCCAGCGAUUCCAACCAUAACAUCAGCAAUCUGAAUAUAAAAAAACUGAAUCCCACGUACGCGAUGACCGAGAUUUAUAAUAAAUAUUUAGAAAGGAUUAAUAAUGAUGGACAAUCUCCAAAAUAUAAAAUGGAAAGCUCUCCGAUUGAUGGAUACACAUCAGCGAUGAUGCAAGUGCACAAUAAUAUAACAGAGAGGAAGUAUUUAGUAUGUUCAAAUAAUAAUAGCAAAAAAGCGAAGAGGACUUAUAAGAAAAGAAAAUCUAAAAGGAAGCAGAAAAAAAAAUCAAAUUCGCAGAAAAGUGAAAAGGGCACUUCGUUACGCUCUUACAGUUUACGUGGAUAAAAGGAUGUUAAGAAUAUAUUUUACAAGACUGGAACUUUUAUACACAUUUUUUGUUUAGUAUUUAAUUUUUUGUUAUCUCGA